AUGUCUUUGAAGGUAUGUGAUUAUGGAUCAAUCCUAGCAAGACUUCUAGUCGAUUGGUCACCAGACGAUCCAACGUCAGAGCUCUUAGAAGUUGAAUCCGCCAUCGCUCGUUUGUCUGAACGAUCGCGCGAGCUACGAGAGCAGAUUAAUGCUAAAAACCCAUUUCUCUCUUUCCCUGCAGAGAUUAUCUCCGAGAUCUCAAUGAUGGCUUGUAGUCCUGUUUACACGGCCAGUGAGCCGGAUGAUUUCGUUACGUCCUGGCAGCCUACAACGCCAUUCAACUUGGGGAAGAUUUGCCGAAAUUGGCGACACACAGUUUGGGCUUCUCCUCGGUGUUGGAAUACCAUCUUUCUUGAUCUCCAGAGGAAUGCAGAGACAUAUCAUGUUCAAGUGGCGUUGCUGGAGGGAUGGCUAUCCCGCUCCGGAGAUCUUCCACUCUCCAUACACCUUGACGAAUGGGAGGACGAUCCAGAAGAAUGGGCGCGAAACCCACCAAUAGAGGUGUUCGACCUCCUUGCAAAAUACUCCCAUCGUUGGCUACAUGUCAGUACAUUCCUGGUAUAUCCUUGUUGGCAGCAACUUGAAAAGUUUUCCCUUCCUCUGUUGACCUCGCUUGCUGUGGGUCCACCGGGCAACAUCCACCCAGCCGGGGGGUCCAGCCGGCAAAGGCAAAUUUCGGAUGCGCCACUGCUUCGAAACGUAUAUAUGACGGUGUACAGUGGGGAAAUAUUUAUACCGGGGCUAAUCUGGCAUCAACUCACUCACCUUACCUUGGAGUCAAUUGUUUGGCGAGAUUGCCUAGACAUUUUAUCAGCAUGCGCACGUAACCUUGUGCACUGUGCCCUCCCUGACUUGAAACCACAAUUUGCCUUCGGUGCCACUUUGGCCGCCUUUACACUUCCCUGCUUGUCAAGCUUUAGUGCAGCAUGCCCACAGAGUACCGAGGCAUAUAGUCCGGUUUUGACAAUUUUAGACCGCAUCACAGCCCCUCUUCUCUCUCGGAUGCAGCUUCAAUUUGAUGGAGUUUCGGGCACGGAGCCUUUGAUGGCUGUACGGCACUUCCUCUCUCGAUCCUCAUGCUCACUUUGUGAGCUUUCACUCAAUUUGGUGCAGUAUACGCGCCAGAACGAGCCUUCGCUGAUCGCUCUACUUUCCGUUACAGAGAAGUUGGAGAAACUAGAACUAAUUUGCAAAGUGGAAGGGAUAUCCGAUCUCGUUCUCGAUCAUUUAAACCCAGCUAGGCCGCAACGCCUUCCCCAACAUCUGCCUGCAGCUCAAAUUCUCUUGCCCAACCUUCGCGACCUUUAUUACAACGGACGGAUGCAAUUCGAGCUUGGAACGCUUGUGGAUAUGAUCAAGAUGCGAUAUCGCAUGGCGGAGGACAACGAUGAAGGGUUAGGAUUGCGAUCUGAGGAAAACUUUAAUCGUGUUGCGAGACCGGCGGUGUUUAAUAUCAAUAUCGUGGAUGUACCUCCUAGCCAGCGCGUCUCGCUUUCCGCUUCUGCGGAAACGUUGCGAAGGCUUACAAAAGAGCAUGGUUGCAUAUCCUUGUCCUUCUCAGAUGAGAUGGGCAACGAUCUAUCUCUUGUGGAUUAA